GACACAAGGAAGAAAAACAAAAGAGAUUUGCAGAACUUUUAAAUUUAAUCAUCUCUAGGGUAUGGAAUUGCUGCACAUCUUGUAUUUUCUAUGGACACCUUGAAAGGACAGUGCCCAGAUACCCUGUUUUAGGAACCGUGGAGGACCAUCAUGACAACAGAGAAGAGUUUGCUGGUUGAAGCUGAGAAUUCUCAGCAGCAGCAACAGAAGGAAGAAAGUGAAGGAGCCACAAACUCAGGCCAACAAGAGCCGCAGCUGGAAGAGGCUCCCCAAGUGGCUGCUGCCGCCGAGGGCGGUAACCAGUGUGAGCAGAAGCUGAAGGCACCCAAUGGGGGCACUCCCACACAUGAGGACUUGACCAAGAACAGGGAACGGACGUCGGAAACCAGAGGCCUGUCACGACUGCUCUCCUCACUCCUCAAAAGGCCCAAGUCUCAGGUGUCUGAGGAAGAAGGCAGGGAAGUAGAGCCAGAUAAAGAAAGAGGCGAAGGAGGUGAGAAGGAGGCAGAGCUUGGAACCAGCCUCGAUGAAGACGUUGUUUUAAAGGCCCCCAUUGCUGCCCCUGAGCCCGAGCUCAAAACAGACCCGUCUCUGGAUCUUCAUUCACUGAGCAGUGUAGAGACACAGCCAGCUCAGGAAGAGCACAGAGAGGACCCAGAUUCUGAAACUAAAGAAGGAGAAGGGAUUGAAGAGUGCUCUGGAGCAGAGGGGAAAGAGGACCCUGAAUCAAGAGCCGAAAGAGAGCCCGAAGCCUCCCAGAAGCCCGUCAGAAGACACAGAAACAUGCACUGCAAGGUCUCCUUGUUGGAUGACACCGUUUAUGAGUGUGUUGUGGAGAAACAUGCUAAGGGGCAAGAUUUGCUUAAGCGAGUGUGUGAGCACCUCAACCUGUUGGAAGAGGACUACUUUGGUUUAGCUGUGUGGGAUAGCACGACCUCGAAGACAUGGCUGGAUUCCGCCAAAGAAAUAAAAAAACAGGUUCGAGGUGUUCCCUGGAAUUUCACAUUUAAUGUGAAGUUUUACCCGCCUGACCCAGCACAGUUAACAGAAGACAUAACAAGAUACUAUUUAUGCCUUCAGCUCCGGCAGGACAUAGUUGCUGGACGGCUGCCCUGUUCCUUUGCCACCUUAGCCCUCCUCGGCUCUUACACCAUCCAGUCUGAGCUGGGAGAUUAUGAUGCGGAACUCCAUGGCGUGGACUAUGUUAGUGACUUUAAACUGGCUCCAAAUCAGACCAAGGAACUGGAGGAGAAGGUCAUGGAAUUGCAUAAGUCAUACAGGUCCAUGACUCCAGCUCAGGCUGACUUGGAAUUUCUUGAGAAUGCCAAAAAGUUGUCCAUGUAUGGAGUUGAUCUUCAUAAAGCAAAGGACUUGGAAGGAGUGGAUAUCAUCCUAGGAGUCUGCUCCAGUGGCCUUUUGGUUUACAAAGACAAGUUGAGAAUUAACCGUUUUCCUUGGCCCAAAGUGCUAAAGAUUUCUUACAAACGUAGCAGCUUUUUCAUCAAGAUCCGGCCUGGAGAGCAAGAACAAUAUGAAAGUACCAUUGGCUUCAAGCUUCCCAGUUACCGAGCAGCUAAGAAAUUAUGGAAAGUCUGUGUGGAGCAUCACACGUUUUUCAGACUGACUUCCACAGACACCAUUCCCAAAAGCAAAUUUCUUGCCCUUGGUUCCAAAUUUCGAUACAGUGGCCGGACUCAAGCACAAACCAGGCAGGCCAGUGCUCUGAUUGACAGGCCUGCUCCACACUUUGAGCGGACAGCAAGCAAACGGGCAUCCAGAAGCCUCGAUGGAGCAGCGGCUGCCGAAUCCACAGACCGAAGUCCUAGGCCCACCUCCGCACCAGCCAUUGCUCAGAGUCAGGUCACAGAAGGGCCGGGCGUAUCUGCCAAAAAAACACCAAAGGAAGCUGUGAAGGUUGAAGUGAAGAGGGAAGGAGAGCCUCCUGAGCCAGCUGAGCCCGAGCCCACAGAAGCGUGGAAGGUGGAACAAACCCACACCGAGGUCACAGUACCUACCUCAAAUGGUGACCAAACACAGAAGCUUGCAGGAAAAACUGAAGAUCUGAUCAGAAUGAGGAAGAAAAAGAGAGAGAGACUAGAUGGUGAAAACAUUUAUAUCAGACAUAGCAAUUUAAUGUUGGAGGAUUUAGACAAGAGUCAAGAAGAGAUCAAAAAGCACCAUGCCAGCAUCAGCGAGCUGAAAAAGAACUUUAUGGAAUCGGUACCCGAGCCACGGCCUAGCGAGUGGGACAAGCGCUUAUCCACACAGUCACCCUUCCGGACUCUCAGCAUCAACGGGCAAGUCCCUACCGGAGACGGACCUCCUCUGGUAAAGACUCAGACUGUCACCAUCUCAGAUACUGCCAAUGCUGUGAAAAGUGAAAUCCCAACCAAAGAUGUCCCUAUUGUCCACACCGAGACCAAGACCAUCACCUAUGAGGCUGCCCAGGCUGAGGACAGUAAUGGGGACCUGGACCCUGGCGUCUUGCUGACCGCGCAGACCAUUACCUCUGAGACCACAAGCAGCACAACAACAACACAGAUUACCAAGACUGUAAAAGGCGGGAUUUCCGAGACCCGGAUUGAGAAGAGAAUUGUGAUCACAGGAGAUGCCGAUAUUGACCACGAUCAGGUCCUUGUACAAGCCAUCAAGGAGGCCAAGGAACAGCACCCAGACAUGUCAGUGACCAAGGUGGUGGUCCACCAGGAGACUGAGAUCUCUGAGGAAUGAACUCAGGGACUGUCCUGCCCCGUCCCCACCCUUCCCCAUCCAAGAGAAGCCAGCAUGUGAUAAAGAAGCCAGCCUGCAGCAGUCAGACUUCAGACUUUGAAGACUGUUCCACACCACAGAAAACCAACUUCAUUUUCUACUCAGAAUUUAUACCCAGAGACUCUUCUAGAAGCCACGGAUGUUCUCUAUAUUGUGAUAUGCAGAAGUUGUCAACUUUUCACUCUAUGGACUGUUUUUAAGACAUUUUGGUUGUUUGUUUGUUGUUUUUUUUUUUUAAUGGGGUGGUU